AUGUCGACAGGUUUUCCACCAAUAUUAUUGAUAUUGCUGUUCAUUUUAUUCCUAUCAUACUUCGUUUUCAUUCAACCCGUUGAUUAUACGCCGCUAUCAAGUCGGCAACGAUUAGCUCAAUUUGUUAAAAACGCCGUCAAUCGCGCCGAAAUAAAAAAUGUUUCGGAGAUCAAAAAUGGCGGGAAAUGGAUUGUUGUAACCAGUAUAAGUAGCCCCACCGAUGAUGUGAAACGUUUGGCAUCAUUUCAAGACUGGAAUUUGGUGGUUGUCGCUGAUACAAAAACGCCAAACGAUUGGCAUCUAGAAGGCGUUCAUUAUUUAUCGACGGAAUUGCAAGAAGCAUCAGACUUCUCGAUUGUUUCCAAACUUCCUUAUAAGUCAUACACGCGAAAAAAUAUUGGAUACCUUUAUGCAAUAUCGAACGGGGCUGAAUGGAUCUAUGACACUGAUGAUGAUAACAAGCCAUAUAAUCUUGGAUUGGAUCAAUUCCAGUAUAACACCGAAAUUUCCGGGGUCGUCUAUUAUACGAAAAGCACAAACAUCAGCCAACGCAUUUUCAAUCCUUAUCGAUUCUUCGGAUUAGAGAAAAUGUGGCCGAGAGGGUUCCCAUUGGAGCAUAUCAAAACGCACACGAAUGGCAAUGAUAGGCUGGCGUUGUGCUAUCGGAUUCCGCGGCCGUCGGUGCAGCAGGGAUUAGUCCAUCACGAUCCAGAUGUCGACGCGAUUUACAGACUAAUCAAUGCCGAUCCGGCAACUGGGCUCGAUGAGAGAUUCAACAAAUUCGCGCCGCCGAUCACACUGUCGCCGGGAACCUAUUCGGCGUGGAAUUCGCAAAACACACUGUUCCACAAAUCGGCAUUUCACACCAUGUUUCUACCAACGACAGUUUCUUUUAGGACCACCGACAUUUGGAGAUCAUAUUUUGCGCAAAAAAUUCUACAUCUUUCCGGUUUGACCGUUGGAUUCACUCCGGUCAAUGCGGUGCAAUUCCGAAAUGCGCAUGACUAUUUGAAAGACUUGAUAGAUGAGCAUCAGGUUUACAAAGACGCUGGCAAGAUAGUGAAGCUCAUCGACGAAUGGACUUGCAAUUCGACAACUGUUCUCCAAUGUAUGCUCGAUUUGGCCGACACGUUUGUCGAAUUCGAGAUUUGGAAACAAGGAGAUGCCGAUUUGAUCGCACUAUGGAUUGACGAUCUUAAAAUGAUGGGUUUUGAGUUUCCGCCUUUAAAUUUGGAUAACUCAAUAUACGAAGUUAGUAAUAAUGAGUCUUCAAGAGAUGUCAUUUGCCGAAGAAUGAAUAUAGAGUUCUCAUUGGAUAAUCCGGAAAAUCGGAAUGAAGCGGCAGAAAAACGAGCGGCACAAAAAAUUGAGUUUUGGGGAGAUAUUGAUGAUUGGUGCAAAGAAGUCAAAUAUCAUAGUUUCACCAACAGUUUGCCAUCGCCGAAGCAGCUUGCCAGACAGCAUUCAAAUCACUCAAUAUUAAAUACACAUUUGAAUAAUGUGCUCAUUGUGGUCAAUAAUUUUGAAUGGAAAUUUUCGAUUGGUUUGAUUCAGCGAAUUUAUUCCCCAUAUUUCGCGACAACCAUCUUUUGUGGAAGCUAUUAUCCAACAAAUUACAGCAUGACAGAUAGCGGAUUCCCGCGUGUCGUGAGCCCUUUGAACUACGUGCACAUGAAUCCAGCCGAGAUGCAUCGCGGAUAUUUCGGUUAUCAUUGUCUGACAUUGGUCAAAGAAAUGAUGUUGGCGAAUGUCGGCGGCUAUGUGAUGAUGGCCGAUGAUGCGACAUUCAACAUUUGGCAGAAAUUCGAUUUCAAUCGCGUUUUUCAUCUCACCGGUGUUGCGUAUUUGAAUGAAGACAAUUGGUGGACGGGCGAGUUCGGAUUGGCGGCAGCUCGAAGAAUUGUGAAGUUUAUAAAUGAGACGAGAGAUGAGGAAACUCUCAAAGUUUGGAAGCAGUAUGAAGAUGGCCUUCGAAAAUAUGGAUAUAUUAAUCAAACAAUGACGGCAUUCGACGAUUUGCUUCAAGGGAAAUCUCGAAGUAUUUCCGAUUUCUAUUACGUUCCGACCGGUCAAAGCGAUUACUAUGCGAAACUGAUGCGGAUAUUCUACGAGCAACAAUUAUUUCUCGAGCUCGCUGUUAAUCGAUUUUUGCGCUCGGUUCGACAUCAAACGUCUCGCGAGCUUACUGAAAGCUAUUUGUGGGGCUCUCGUGGCAAAUGGCCUGAAUUUUACAAUGCGUCGCUCGUCGCGAUUCAUCCGAUCAAGUUCAGUGGAUUCGCGAAAAGUGAAAAUCAUCGAAAAACAUUUUGUAGAACGGUUCUUCAAACAAUGCACAAUGUGCUUAUUAAUAAUUCCCAUGAUUAUACGAUGAAAAAUGAUACUGAUAUUGAUCAUCUAAAUGGAUAA